CUUCCGCGCGUUCACUUUGACCGUCUUCCGAAUUCGGAAACCGGCCACGGAGCGAAAGACAAGACAGAGCAGGCAUAUCACACCGCUUGUUGUUGUUGUUGUCGUUGGGGGGGUUAUUCGGCCUUUUGUUUAACUCGAAAGGGAUUUAGACUCCUGCUCCGUUUAAACGGGGGACGAUUUGACUGACCCAAAGUCGAAUCACGUUGGAUAAUCGCCGUGUCGAGACAACGCGAGAUGUCAGAAGUGCAGCAAAAAAAAUCACCCACGCACCCUUCUGCACGCAAGUCAGACAGGGUUCAUCACCAGCAGGAUGUCGACUGGGACAGCGAGGAAGACGAAGGGGCGUCUGGAUUCUCGGAAAUGGACGCGCUGCGGGAGAUGCUGGCACGCAAGCUGGAGUUGGGCUCGGCGAGUGGGCACGAGCGCGUGCUGGAGGAGCUGACGCUCGGGGGAGUGGCCAAGCACAUCCUUGCCGGGAAAUGCAAAAAUAUCGUAUGCAUGGUGGGUGCUGGAAUAUCUACCGCGGCCGGGAUUCCCGACUUCCGCUCGCCCGGCACGGGGCUCUACGACAACCUGCAGAAGUACAACCUCCCACACCCGCAGGCCGUCUUCGACAUUGGAUACUUCCGGGAAAAUCCAGAGCCGUUUUUUGCACUGGCCAAGGAGCUGUACCCUGGUCAGUUCAAGCCGACAGUCUCUCACUACUUCAUUCGAUUGCUGAAGGACAAGGAGUGCUUGCUGCGGUGCUACACACAGAAUAUCGACACUCUGGAGCGCGUGGCCGGGCUGGAGAAUAACGAGCUCGUGGAGGCGCAUGGCACGUUCCACACCUCGCACUGCCUGGGCUGCAGACACGAGUACUGCCUCAGCUGGAUGAAAGAGCAGAUCUUUAGCGACAAGGUGCCCAGGUGUGAGAAGUGCAAAUCGGUUGUCAAGCCAGACAUUGUUUUCUUCGGGGAGGCAUUGCCGGAGAAGUUCUUCACGUGCGUGCAGUCGGACUUCCCAAAGUGCGAUCUCUUGAUCAUCAUGGGCACAUCCUUGGUUGUACAGCCAUUUGCCUCCCUCACCAGCAGGGUUCCUGACAGCACGCCUCGUCUUCUCAUCAACUUGGAGAAGAGUGGACAGUGCGACCCCAUGCUCGCUGCACUCGGCCUGGGAAGCGGCUUCGACUUCGACUCUGAUGACGCAUACAGGGAUGUGGCGUGGCUGGGCACGUGCGACGACGGCUGCCUGGAGUUUGCGGAGUUGCUGGGCUGGAAGGAUGAGCUGAAUGCUCUCGUGAAGGCAGAGCACACGAGGAUUGAGGCGGAGAGUGGCACAACAGGGGACACCGUGGGUGCAGGUGUCGGCGUUUCAACAGAGGGGGGCGCUGCGGGUGAUGGUGCUGGCGCUUCGACAGAGGGGGACACCACCGGUCCAGGUACAGGCGCUUCUCCUGAGCCAACGUCGAGCCCCAGUAAAAUCUGAGCUGUCCCGACCGAUGAAGACAAGCUCACCGUACAUUGAGUGUCGCCCACUACUCCUAAUAAUAACCCACGGUUUUCUUGUCAUUGGGCAGAUUGGGAGUGAUGCUGUGGAUUAGCCAAAGCAACAAAAAGGCAAAACAGUUUAAUAGCUGUACCUUCAAAUGCACCUUUUAAGUUGUUGUAUUUAAAAGGUAUGAGUCAUGAAAUAUAGGUCGUUCAUGCGAAUGUCAGUGUUUGAUGGUUCAAGUUUAUUUGUUGAACCAGGUGAGAACUCAAUAGACCAGGAUGAGUCUCAUUUGUGAGUGACCUUGUGGUGGAUUAUUGAAUCAUGUACACAUCGGCUUAAGGCAGUGUUUGACUAAAUCUUUAAGGGGUUUUAUUAAAUGUAAGAAAAUAAAAUGUAUAUGCUAAGGGCUGAUUUAAUUAUUGCAUUAGGAGACGACUGAGCUAUUGAAUGGUAAAUUCAGCAAUUUAUUUAAACCUUGGUUUAAAAAAAAAUGUUAUUGCACCAGCCAGUUAAAAAAAUUAUACUAACACUGAGGUGGACAAUUGUCCACUUAGAGAACGAAGCUUACCUUGAUAUUGUUCGUCGCAGUGUGAUUAUUAAAAAGUAUGAAACUUAACGCUAAAUAUUUUGCAGCUCAUUUUUACUUCAAAUAGAACUCUUGUCAUUUGCCGAGGUGUGGCACUGUGUCCAUUCGGAGUUACAAUGCCAACAGAUUGAUGGUGUUUGCCAAUUGACUGAAAAAAAUCCCGUGUUUAUUCAUUUCGUCGUUCCCUGUGGCUUGUAAUUAUGAAGUGUCUCCUUUUGUUCACAUAUACACGCGUUGCUCUGAAAAACAUUUUCAAUAAAUGUGGCUUGCGGAA